GUCAGUAUCGCACAAACAACACUAACGGAAACAUCACAAAAGCACCGUGCAAAGCCCGGACGGACGGACAGACGGACGGCAAUUCCUGUCUCUGCGUUCGAGUGUGCGUGCGAGUGUGUGUGUGCGUGUGUGUGUGCGAGUGUGCGUGUGCGUGUGUGUGUGUGAGUGGAGCGCAGUCAAUGCGCUUCUGUUGUUGCUGCUGUCAAAGCCCGCGCGGCAGCAACAUCAACAUCCAUCACACCGCCAGCCGCAGCAACAGCAACAGCCAUCAUCAACAGCAGCCAAAGCAGCACAAACAAUAAUUUGAAAACACACACAUAAAACAUAAAACUGCAAAACUGUUUAACAAUCAAAAACAUUACACAAAAAGCCAGCAACAUUUACAACUUCGUGUUGUUGUCGUCGUCUUGUAUCGUUGUCGUCGUCAUCGUCGUUGUCGUCGUCGUCUAUGUCGCUGUCGUCUGUCGCGUCGCAACGCAUCGCAACGCAACGCAUCGCUAGUUAUAGAUGCACUCCACACAUAUCUAUAACAAAUCUAUAAUUUUUUUUUCUUGUUUUGAACAAAAGUCAGUGCAAAAAGUGCAAAAGAAAUGUGCAAGUAACAACAGCAACAUCGACAGCAGCAGCAGCAACAUAACGAAAUUGCAGUAGAUAUAUCACAUAUAUAUAUAUCUGUCUGUAUAUAGCAUAUUGUAUGUGCUGCUUACACAUGCUCUUGCUUCAAUGGCAAUAUGCACGAGCAGCAGCGACAACAGCAACAACAGCAACAACUACAUCAGCAGCAGCAGCAGCAACAUUUGUGACACCCGCGUGCCAAAUAUUGCCGAUUUUGACAAGCAGACGACAGCAGCAAUUGCUACUUACUGAACGAGGCACAACAGCAACAGCAACAACGAUUGCAGCAACAGCAGCAACAUCUACAGCAGCAACCACAACGAAUCUUGCAAGCAGACGCCGCAAACUAGCAAAAUGUCAAUUCAAAAGUUAAACGAUAACGCGAACUCGGGCUAUGUUAGCUCCGAGGAGACGGACUCGCUGCUAGUGUCGAGCACGACCAAGGGGAGCGGCGGGGGUCGAAGUGCGCUGUUGCGUCAGGUGAAGUGCAACAACAGUGCGGCAAACGGACCAACAACAGCAACAACUGCAGCGGCAGCAGCAGCAGCAGCGGCGGCAGCAAACAAUUCAAUGGCUUCCACGUCGGGAGGGAAACCGACAUUGAUGCGUCAAGAUCGCACUUCCACAUAUCUAACGAGUCCGCAGCAAUCGCAAUCGCAACAGAUGCGCAUGGGCUCUGAGGAGAGUAUGCGAGGUGGAGUUGGGAUGGGAAUGGGAGGAGGAGGAGGAGGAGGAAUGGGAAUGGGGCACGAUGAGGAUAUUGAGCAGGGACUGCGUGCAGCCAUAGUGCCUGAUAUCGAAGUACACGAAGAGGACCAAGAACUAACACAAAACACAUCAACGACCACAACAAUAUCAGCAUCGGCCAGCGUGGCUGGCAAUGCUGCAACGACCAAGUUGCAACAACAACCAUCGGUUGAUAGCCAAUCGAAACAGCAACAGCAACAACAACAACCGACCAUAUCAAUUAUGAAUUUAAGCCCAAGCGGUCAUGGCUCAAGUCAUCCCAAUUUGGGCACAUCAUCAUAUCAGAAUCUAUCGUCGAGCAUACCGCCAAGUGCGCCGAGUCGAUGUCGCGCCUGUCGCAACUGCAGUCGACGUGCCUCAACGACACCGAUCUCCACAACGAUGGCCAACACGAUGACAAUGUUGGGUGGCCAGCAGAUCGAUCGUUCGGCGUCGCGGGACAGCGUUAAAAGUGCCUUCCAACAGGGUAACCUGACCAGCUCGAUGGCCAUUUGCAUAUCAAACUCGGCCCUCCAGCAACAGCAGCAGCAACAACAGCAGCAACAGUUGCAAUUGCAGUUGCAACAUCAACAACAGUUGCAGCUGCAUCAUCAUCAGCAGCAACAACAGCAACAGCAGCAAGUGCCGCCGGUGCUCAUCACGUCAUCGCCGACAAAUGGGUCGAGAAUAAUCCGGCAGAGCUCGCAACCGGAGUCGAGCACCACGGCCAUCUGUUGUGGGUCGCAUAGCUCAUGUGGACACUCCCACACGGUGCCGAAUGUGUCGCUGAAGCAGCUGCGCGAAAGCACCACAGAUGGCAUUGCUGGCAUUGCCGCCGAUUCCCUAAGGAUCAAUGGUGGCAUGCGUCCAUUUAAACAGGGCGUUCUUCUAAUGCCUCGCACAUUGUCCGAAAGCCGAAAAUUGCGACUUAGAAGGGCCUUCACAGAGGCCACUAACGAAACGCUUCAAUGCUCCAAAAUGCUCCGCAAGCCAGCGUCGACACUUUCAAUUCCUGGCUCGAUGAAAACACCUUCCAUUGCGAACCGGGAACAGAUCUCAUCUGGAUGCAACGAAGAAGCGGCCGAGGCUUUAGUGGGUAUCCACUCAGACUACCCUAGGUAUGAAAUGUAUAUGGAAGAACGUGCGCUUACUGGCGGCAAUACGUCCAGGAAGCCAUCAACAAACUCGGCCAAACACAAACCCAAUGUGGGCUAUCGCCUGGGCAAGAGAAAAGCUUUAUUCGAGAAGCGCAAACGCAUUAGCGACUACGCCCUCGUCAUGGGUAUGUUCGGGAUCAUCGUGAUGGUCAUUGAAAACGAACUGAGUAGUGCCGGCGUCUACACAAAGGCAUCGUUUUACUCGACAGCGUUAAAAACCUUAAUAUCUGUUUCGACUGUGAUUCUUUUAGGACUUAUAGUAGCUUACCAUGCUUUGGAAGUGCAGGUGAGAUUAUUCAUGAUAGAUAACUGCGCCGACGAUUGGAGGAUCGCAAUGACAUGGCAACGAAUUAGUCAAAUAGGGUUAGAACUUUUUAUAUGCGCUAUACAUCCAAUUCCUGGCGAAUACUAUUUCCAGUGGACGACGAAAUUGGCCAAUAAGAACAAAACAAUUGGCACCGAAAUGGUGCCAUACGACGUAGCUUUAUCACUACCUAUGUUCCUUCGAUUAUAUUUAAUCUGCCGCGUUAUGCUGCUUCAUUCAAAGCUAUUCACAGACGCAUCAUCACGGAGCAUCGGCGCUCUCAAUAGGAUUAAUUUUAACACAAGAUUCGUUUUAAAAACACUAAUGACAAUAUGCCCGGGAACGGUUCUAUUGGUCUUUAUGGUCUCGCUGUGGAUAAUUGCCUCGUGGACCUUGCGGCAAUGCGAAAGAUUUCAUGAUGAAGAGCAUGCGAAUCUUUUGAAUGCAAUGUGGCUGAUAGCGAUAACAUUUUUGAGUGUUGGUUUCGGUGAUAUUGUUCCGAAUACGUACUGUGGACGUGGUAUCGCUGUCAGUACAGGAAUAAUGGGCGCUGGCUGCACGGCGCUGCUCGUCGCCGUCGUCUCACGAAAACUGGAGCUGACUCGUGCCGAGAAGCAUGUGCACAACUUCAUGAUGGACACGCAGUUAACCAAAAGGCUGAAAAAUGCUGCGGCGAAUGUUCUUCGUGAAACUUGGCUCAUUUACAAACAUACAAGACUAGUAAAACGGGUUAAUCCCGGCCGUGUAAGAACCCACCAAAGAAAGUUCCUUCUAGCUAUAUAUGCGUUGCGAAAAGUUAAAAUGGAUCAACGCAAACUAAUGGAUAACGCCAACACAAUAACCGAUAUGGCCAAGACACAAAAUACGGUCUAUGAGAUAAUAUCGGACAUGUCGAGUCGACAGGAUGCCAUCGAAGAGCGUCUCACGAAUCUAGAGGACAAGAUGCAGAGUCUGCAAGAGCACAUGGAGAGCCUUCCCGAUUUAUUGUCGCGCUGCCUGACGCAGCAUCAGGAGCGCAUCGAGCAACGUCGCAACUUUCUACACCCGGAUACAGCGGCGACUGCGGCAAUACAGCAGCCCAUUCAGCAGACGACGCCGCAAUCCAUGUUCAACACAGCGCCCAUGCUGUUCCCACAUUCUAGUAAGUUCAUCAAUGAUUCGGAAAAUUCUAUAGUCGAAAUAUACCCAUGAAAUUAAAUGAAAUUAUAAACGAGUAUAAAUGCGUAAGUCAAGUGGAAGAAGUUAAAAAGAAAACCAAAACAAAAAAAAACGAAACAAAACAAAAAAUUAACCCUUAAAAAUGUAUACCUAUUUAUAAUAUUGAAUAUUUAAAUUGAAAUUCAAAUGAACGUUCAAGACUGCUGUCAAAAUAGCUUUAUCACAAUAAAAAACACACACAUACAUACAUGAAAACGAACACUGUGGACAAGAAACACGUAAAUACACAAACCACAAACAAAAGAAAACCAAAAAAAAAAAAACAAAAAAAAAAUCAGAUCAUAUUAUGAUGAGAAAGAGAAUGAAAAUGAAUAUGAAAAUACGAAAGAAAUACGAAAUACGCCCAGCUUUAAUAUUAUGUACUAUAAUGCAUAUUUGGGUUUCAACACUCCAUGAAAAAUCUUCAACAACAAAAACAACAAGAACAAGAACAAGAACUACAACAAAAACCAUUAAAAUUCUCCCGUUUGAACUGGUUUCCUAACACACAAUACCUUGAUACAAAAACCAACAAAAAACGAAAAAAAAAAAAUACAAACGAAAAUCGAAAAAUGAGAAAAAUGAAAACCAAAAACUUUGAUAUGAGGGACCGAAAAUUCAAGACAGGUCUAUAUUAUACACACAAAACGCAAGAUAUGCAAACCAAAACCAAAAACAAAGAAAAAGAAAAAACAAAAAAUGAGAAAAAGAGAAAAUAAAUCCUUUUUAGCUGGUGAACAAUAUUUAUGUACUACAAACGACAUUGCAUACAACAAAAAAACUUAUCCAACUAUGCCAACUGAAUACUGAACCGAAUCGCACAAUUAUUUAUGCUAUGGAGCCCACGGUGGCACAGUGGGCACAGGCCAGCUGAAAAACGAAAUCAAAGCAGAAAGCAAAUUCAAAAUCUUCAAUAGCAAACACAUAGGUUAAAGCUGCACAACUCGACUCGACUAGCAUAUACCCUGUAACCGUUGGCAAAAAGAGUGAGACAAAACUAAAAAAAAACAAACAAGAUUUGUAGCCACCGUAGAAAGCAUAUCCUUAUUAAAAAAAAAAAAACCAAAAGUAGUCCAGUCAGUCUGCUCUAGAAACUCAUAUGGGUAAUUCUCUGACGGGAAAAAAAACAUAAACUGAAACAAUUUUAAUAAUAAGAAAAGGUUGUUCUUAUAGCUCUAUAUUAGUACUUUAAUUAGAGCUAAGAAUGGAUUUGUAAUUUUUCUGUUUUCUGUUCUGAUAAUAGCAAAAAUGAACAACUUCGUACGCAAACCAAACAAGUAAGAAAGUUACAGUGUGCUCGGAACUGGGCGUGGCAAAAAUUUGAAACAAACUUGAUCUGCGUGUAAACAUAACAAAUGCUGUCGAAAAUUAUAGCUUUAUCUCUUAUAGUAUCUGAUAUCUAGUGUUUCAUACGGACAGACAGACAGACGGACAUGGCUAGAUUGUCUCGGCUAUUGACACUGAUCAAGAAUAUAUAUACUUUAUAGGGUCAGAAAUGUCUCCUUUUACCUGUUACAUACAUUUCUUUCUACCCUGUGGGUAACGAGUAUAAAAAUUAACGAAUUUAGUUAGAUAUUUUAUCGUACGACAAAACAAGUUUUUAGAUAUUUUAUCGUAAAACAGAACAAGUUCCUAAAAUCAAUCUUAGCCUUAAAUAUAGUGCUAAUCCAAAGCUUGAAGAAUAACCUGCACUUAUUUUGAAAAUAAUAUUCAAUCCAUAGAUUAGAUUUGUAGAGAACAGCUUGAGCCUUCGGUUACAGGGAAAGGAAAUUCACCUUAGUUUCUAUUUGCACUGGCCCACUGUGCACUGUGUAUACAAUGUGUCUGUCUCUCUCUAACUGUGCGUGUGCAUGUAUGUAUGUGUGUGUGUGUGUCUGUUCUCCCCCCGUAUAACAUUUGUAUGUAUGUAUGUGUGUGUGUUCUUCUCAACAGCGAAACGUAAAGCACACGAAGAAGCAGAAGCAGCAGAAUAUGAAGAAGAAGACGAAGAUGAUUAUGAAGAAGAAGAAGAUGAUGAUGAUUACGGUUUACUUCUACUACGAAAAUCACAAAGUAUUGCAUAGCUUCUUCUCAGUUCUCAGUUAACGUUUCCUCCAUUCACGAAUUGAGUUCGAUUCAAACCACAACAACAACAACAACAACAAUAAGAACCACAACAACAACAACAACAACUUACAACAAGAUGAAACUUUUGGUAUAUUUACACACAGCAAACUAAAAUACUGACAAAACGAUAGAUACUAGAAAAGUAUAAAAAUAGAAAUCCGGCCUCUAUAAAACCCAAAAAAAAACUAAAGUAUAUACGGCAUAGCAUAGAAAAAGUUAAACAACAACAACCAGAAACCACAACAGUAAAAAUAUUGAUUAAAUGGGUUAUACAACAACAACAACAACAACAAGAACAACAACAGCAAAACGAAAAACAACAACAAGAAAUCAUACUAUAUACUAUAGACUAUACUAUAUAUAUACAUAUAUAUAUAUAUAUAUAUACUAUAUACUUAACAAAAAAACAAAAAAAAAAAAAACAAAAAAACGAAGAUCAUAUUUGACUUUACAUGUAUUAUAAGUAUGUAAUGUAUUCAGUAGUUGAACGAAAGCCGAAGCAAAGACCAAUUUAUUAAGCAUAACAAUUAUUUGUUAAACUAAACAAUAACAAAAAAAGAAAAACUAAAAAAACAACAAAUGCGAAACAAUUUUUUAUUAACAUGUAAACGAAGAUGGAAAUGAACCAGAGAGAAAUUAUGAUGAAAAGGAAAUUAAAAAACAACCAAUUUAAACUAAUCCCAAAACUUAAAGAUAACAACCAAAAACAAAAAAAUAAAUUAAAUUGACAAAAAAAAAAAAA